GGGCGGUGGUGCGACCCGGAGGCCGGGGCGGGCGCGGCGUUUCCUAGCAGCGGCCGCCGCCAUGGCGCCGCGGCGCGGCGGGCCGGUGGGCUACGCGUUGUUGUGCGGGCAGGCCGCGCUGCUGCUCGGCAACCUGCUACUGCUGCACGGCGCCUCCCGCGGCCUCCCUCACAACGGCACCGAGCCCGAGGAGCCCGGGUCGGGGUCGCCCGCCGCCGCCUGGGCCUACACCGACCCGCGGGCGCCGCUCGUCCUCUGCACCUACCUCCCCGAGGAGUUCGUGGAGUGCGAGGAGCCGGUAGACCACGGCGGGAACGCCACGGCGCAGCAGGAGUUGGGCCACGGCUGCGUGAAGUUCGGCGGACAGGCCUACGGCGAGGUGGACCGUACCCGGGUGCAGUGCCGAGCGCUGGACGGCAUCGAGUGCGCCGAGCCGCGGAGCUUCCUGCGGGGCAGCCGGCCCUGCGUCAAGUACACUGGACAUUAUUUUAUAACCACUCUGCUCUACUCGUUUUUCCUGGGUUGCUUCGGAGUGGAUCGAUUCUGCCUGGGCCAUACCGGGACCGCCGUGGGGAAACUGCUGACGCUGGGAGGACUGGGGAUCUGGUGGUUCGUGGAUCUGAUCCUCCUCAUCACCGGCGGGCUGAUGCCCAGCGACGGCAGCAACUGGUGCACGGUGUACUGAGAGGAGCACAGCUGACCCCAGAAGAGGCUGACGGGUCUCUGCAGGACUGGAGACGGACUCCGCUUGUUCCGUGGCACCAGAACAGACUUCCGCCUUGUACAAACACGGAUUUACAAUGCUGUAACUUUGUGCGCUGAACAAUUAUUCCUGUUAAUUCCUCUGUACAAACCCUGGAUACAAAAUUGUUCAGUAUCUAUUCUGCUUGUUUCAAAUAAUCUGGAUUUCCCCCCCCCUUCAGGCAGUGACAAUUUAAGAAAUCAGAUCUUGCCAACACAGAUGGUCAAACAAAUCUUAAUAAAGUGUGGAAGGAGCUGA